UAUUCAAGCGAUUCUCUAAUAGAGUGGAUGAUAUUGAUAGAUAAAUACAAAUUACUGGUAUCAAAGAAUAGUUUUAUUGACAAAGGGGGCCUAAUUAUUAUUGCCGUGACUACUUUUGGAAUUUCAUUUGAAACAGUCGCAAAAUAAAAAUUCCAAAUUAAAAUACUUAGAACUAGAAUUAAAGUUAGUAUAAGAAUUUAAUAUAAAUUCCCUAUACUUCUAUACAAUUAUAAAGAAAUUUAUACUUUCUCCUCCGGAAAUAGAAACGGACCCCCACAUUUACACCCAAACUUUGAUUGAUCGUUCCUCCACGUCAACUAUCUGCAGUCCCGGGAAUACGCAUUCCCCUUUUCCAAGACUUCUUAUUUUAUUUUUUUUUUUUUUCUGGCUUUGUUAUCACCAGUAAAUUAAUUAACAAACAAACCAACAAGUAUACUUUAGAAAGAGACUAUGAAAAACAUUCUCGGCAGAUCCAAGAAACUGGACGGUCUGAAAGGUGAGAAUCGGCGCUCAGAGGUGAGGACCAGUCUCAGUUCAGCGGACCUUGAACCAGUAGUUUCCUCGACCAAGAGCACACACACAACUGAAUCUCAAGACUCUAUUCGUGACCUUCACCCGAUGUUUGCUGGGAAUACUGAAGAUGAAAAAGUCCCAUCGAGCUCUGUUUCGUUUAGUGGUGAUACUUCAGGAGGGACUUCAAAACAUCAUUCUUCGUUUACAAACGAUCCAAAUCUUAACUUGAAUCCUUGUAUUCUGAAUCCAACCACAACCGCUGGAGUAUCUACUACCACGUCUAUGUUUACCAAGGACUCGGAAUUUCUUGGGAAAUCUAUAUUUUCUCGCUCGGGGAAGUCCUUUUCUACCAAGCAAUCAUCAUAUUUCUCCCGAGGCUCAGAUAAGAAGGAACAACAAUACCCUUCGAAUGAAGGACAAAUGCUUCAAGUGUUAGAUAUCCCGGAGUCUUCCAACGAAAAUAGACCGGCAAGAGAUGUGAUUUCAGACAAGAUCCAUGGACUUCACGUGGAUAUCUCAUAUGUAUUAAAUCAGUAUAACAACAGUGUGGUAAAUCUUUCCACUGCAGUAAUCAAUACUAUCGAUUGUCUCAAAACAUUUGUGACGUUUGUCCAAACUAAUUAUGUUGGUGAUGAACACUGGUGGUACUUCACUACCUAUAAUAACGUUCACUUACGGAAGUUGAUGAAGAUUUAUUUGAAUAUGUAUGAUAAUUUGUUAAAAGAUGAAGUUUAUAUCAAAUUGAAAUUACUUUUGGUCAAGAACUUUAGUGACUUCGCUUCAACCCUUACCAAAUCAUCAAGAAGUGAAACAUCCACAUCAAAAGGACAUAGGAAGAAUGCCAGUAGUGGAGGGUUGCCCACUUCCAUAUCAAAGCCCCAAAACUAUGCCAUUGGGGUUAAUACUGGUGAAACUCUCCCCAAUGAAGAAGUGCUUACCAAUAUCAUGAAUAAAAUAGCCAACACUUCACUCCCAAUUAAAGAACAAAAUGGUUCGUUUAUUGCUCCAAUCACUCGUGGUAUCAGUAAGGAAUUGAAUAUUUUAUGUUUAUACUUUGGAUACCCAAACCCAACUGAUUAUCAUUUACAAUUGAUUCAGAGAUUACAUGAAUUAUAUGAUGAGAUUCAUUUUAUUAGCAUGCAAAAUAAAAUUGAAUUGGCAUCUGCUUCUGUACAACUGAAACCUGAAUAUGGGAAUACUUCUAUUCUUCAGAAUAAUCCUCCACAACAACGGUAUAAAUUUAAGUUACCCUUUAGAAUCCCUUCAGAUGUGUCGAACCCACCAAUGUCACUUUCUGUUUCAGUGGAGAAUUCGCUUAGAACCUCAGGGACAAUGGGGGGUUAUAUAUAUCCAAUGAUCGAUUUGGUUAAACAACCACAUUUGGUGUCAUAUACCACAUCCAAAUUCGCUAUUACAUGUGGACAUGUUUGUCUUGAUAAUACCAAUAAUAAUUCCAAUACCGAUUAUGCACAUGUUUCUUCUCCGCUGUCAGUGUUAAUUUCAUUAUAUAAAAAGGCAUUGAUUAGACAAUAUCAGAAAUUUACUGAAGACGGGAAUGAAUAUGAUAUGGCACAAGCGGAAUCCAAGGCUGCAUAUGGUGCAGUAUUGAAUCAAUUAAGUGAAAUUUUCCCAGUGAAAAGUGUAAAAUCUGCUGACGGGAAAGGUCAAGAAAUGAAGAACUUACCAAUCCAUAGAUUUGGUCAAAUUAUUUGGGGUGAAAGAACUUUGAUUAAAGUACCGAAAGAAGACGAUGAAGACGAUAAACGAUUAUCAGACUUGUCAAUUAUCAAGGUGAAUAAGGUUCUUAAAUGUGAUCAAAACUUUUUGGGUGAUGAUAUAGCAUUCAAUGAGUUUGACCCAGCAUUGAUGUUCGAUAAUCUCUAUGUUAGAGCCGUGAUUGAUCUUGAUAGGCAUGCUUCAGAUAUGGACCUUUCGCAAGUGGAUUCCACAUCAUCGGUCAAUAUCAAUAACCAUGGACUUCCAGUGUUUAAGUAUGGUUCUACUACAAAGUAUACAAGGGGUUCAUUGAAUGGUAUCAAGUUGGUGUAUUGGUUAGAUGGUGCAAUCCACUCGUCUGAGUUUGUAGUAAACUCUCUUGAAAACAAUUCUGCUUUUGCCGCAGGCGGUGAUAGUGGAGCAUGGAUUUUGGCUAAACUUGAAGAUUGUUCCACCGUUCGUGAAUCUAAAGGUUUGGGUGUGGUUGGAAUGUUACAUUCAUAUGAUGGUGAAUAUAAACAAUUUGGUUUAUACUCGCCUAUGACAGAAAUACUAGAGCGUUUGGAAGAGGUUACUAGUAUAAAGUGGGGAGUUGUUGGGGUACCACAAAAGGAUACUGACAAAAAUAAUGCAGUGGAUGACGAUUCUGAAGAUGAAUCCCGUAACAGUAGUUAUGAUGAUUCUUCAGAUGAAGAUACUAGCUCUUUUGAAGGAAUGGAGGACGCAUUACCUCCUGAAAUCGAUUAGUGAUAUUUUAAUAUUAAGAUUCAUUCUUGUGAUUUAUUAUGCAAAUAAUUUUGUAGUCUAUUUCUCUAU